UACCAAUAACUUGAAACAAAAUUGACAAAAAACAAUGUCAGUUAUUAACGGAAAAUAUGAUGAAGUUCUAACAUCCAUUCUCGUGGAUGAGAAAUCAAUUCUCGGCUUCCUGUCUACAAUAUUCAAUUUCUUGGCUAGACGAACUGACUUCUACUAUAUACCACAAGGGCCGCAUGAGAACAUGGGUUUCCCUCCGGGCGUUGCCGAAGAACUGGUCGUUAAGGUCCUUCGGUCUUGCGACCCUAAAAACUGGAAGCCACCAAACGGAGCUACAAAGUCUACAGACAUAAAUAAUGAGAUUAUGUGUUCAACAGUAGCUCAGGAAGUCGAGGUCAUUGCUGAUGAAAUGGAAAAUAUUGAUAUUGACCCAGUAAAAACAGAAGAAACCAUUGUAGAUCACAAUGAAGUACAGGAAAGUGUACCUUUAGACAAUCCGCUCCCUACUUCUGCUGGUAUAUCAACUGAAGUUCUACCGUCUAGUACUCAUGAUGUCGAUAUGCCUAAAUCUGAUCCAGCAAAUGGUAUCAUACCACCAAUAAUUCCAACUCAGAAGAACAGUGAGACUUAUAAUGGUGCUGAGAGGGGAAGCUAUUCUUGGUCUCAGACUAUUACAGAGUUAGAUGUAACAGUGAAACUGCCACCAGAAAUAAAAUCCUCUAAAGAUGUCAGGGUAACAAUCAACCCUGGUGACCUCAGUGUGAUCUGCCAUAAUGGCGACAUAUUGAUCAAGGAUACUCUGCUUGCCAAAAUCAAAACCUUGGAGAGUUUCUGGAGCAUCAGUGGAGGAAAGCUAUUAAUACAUUUAGAGAAAGUCCAAGAGAGAUGGUGGAAUAAAUUGUUGAGCAAAGAAGAAGAACUAGACCUGUCCAAAAUAGACUGUUCCAGAGAUCUGUAUGAUCUGCCUGAUGAUCACAUACAGAAGGUCAGGGAAAUCCAGUGGAAUCAAGAACAGAAAAUGAAAGGUUUGCCAACAAGUGAUCAGGUCCGUAAUCUGGAGAUGCUCAAGAAAGCCUGGAAUGCCGAAGGAUCUCCAUUUAAAGGAAAAGAAUUUGAUCCGACUGUGUUACAAAAUCAAAUUAGCAUGUAA